ACCCUGAACCUUGGCGUUAUCUCGCGCUAUGAUUGUCCAUAUAUGGCUCAGCGGCUAGCUUCAACCCCUUUGGAGAGCAGGGGAAAACAUUGGAAAAUUUUCAACGCGUUGGGCGCCGCAUGCUGAUUUGCUCUGAACCGCCAGCGCUGCCCCAUCAAGGGUUUUGGGGUUCGAUACCCCGCCGUCGGGAAUCCCUGCGUGGGAUGAUGCGACGGAAGAUAGACGUAGAGGGGCUGGUGCCUCGGUGCGCUCUCUCGUGGCGCUCCAGUCCGUCUUUGCGUGUCCAAUAUGCAGGUGGAAGAGACACGGAGAACAUUUGGCCUAUCGCGACCCCCAAAUCGCUGCAUGACAUGACAUCAAUGCCUUGUUGUUGUCGUUGUUGUUGUUUGGGGGGUCGGGGGGCAAGUGAAUCCCGCGGGUUGUCCGCUUGCCGCAGUAACCGACGUACGUUGUCUUGUUUGUACCCUUGCGCGAAUGCGGGCCUAGGAACUUGGUUUCACCGAAGAACACGGCGCCGCUGCAGAUACAGGAACCAUGGGCAUGCGUAUACGGCCAUGCCGUUUUCCUGCCGAGUCGGAUGGUCGGUUUCGACGACGGCUACUCAUGCAACUGCAUGCAGAACUCAGGACGGGCCCGGCCGUCUGCCAGCAUCCGUGACAUGUGCCCUGUUCGGGCCCCUCCAUACCCCGCUGUUGUUUCUGCGAGUUUGCCGCCUGUAGCAAGGUAGGUAGCUUGGAACACAGACGGGCCGAGACACUUGGACGGUGGAACGGCGUGCGACGCCGCGCAAGAC